CUGCCCCGCCUGGCAGCCUUCGGCAGCUCCUGCUGGGCUUCCUCCGCCGCUCGCCUGCACUUCCUGCUUUGCCCGCAGUGCCUCCUGCAGCACCCGCGGAGCUUUCGGCGCCAGCUCCUUCUCCCCCCCGCACCGGGCGUCCAGCUUUCCAAGAGCGGCAGCUCCUUCCCUCCCAGGCAAACUCUCCCCGCUGCCGAAGAAGGGCGGGCAGCUUUUGAAAGGCGCCGGGAGGAGGCGGCUCUCGCUGCAGGGCCGCCUGCUGAGCUCUCCCUGCUGAGGAAGCGCGGGCCUUGAGGCUGAGGGGCUGCGAGGGGCGGAGAAGAGAUCUAUAGUUUCUUUGGGAUGGUAGGACUAGGAAACGGCCGUCGAGGGAUGAAGUCUCCACCUCUUCUAGUAGCAGCACUGGUGGCUUGCAUUAUUGUUUUGGGCUUCAAUUACUGGAUUGCAAGUUGCCGCAGCAUUGAUUUGCAGAAUCGUGUAAUGGAACUAGAAGGCCGAGUCCGCAGGGCAGCAGCAGAAAGAGGUGCUGUUGAACUAAAAAAGAAUGAAUUUCAAGGAGAGCUACAGAAACAGAGGGAGCAAAUUGACAAAAUCCAGAACCUCCAUAACUUCCAGAUGGAGAAUACUAAUAAAAUACACAGGGAUGAGAAGGCUAUGCUGAUGAAUAACAUCACAAUAAAUGAAAAAUUGAUCAAAAAUUUCCAAGAUCACUUGAAAGAGUUGCAGAAGGAAUAUGGGAAACUCCAAUUGGAUAUAUAUCGGUUUCAGAAAAACCAGACUAACCUUCAGAAGAAAUUUACAUAUGACAUGUCUCAAUGUAUCAAUCAGAUGAAGGAACUGAAAGAACAAUGUGAAGAAAGGAUAGAAGAAAUCUCUAGAAAAGGCAGUGAGAUACCACGAAGCAAGGGAAAAAAAGAUAUGUCUGACAAUCAUUACCAGGUUAAUAUUCCAGUACCAACAUUUGGACCACCAGAAUUCCUGCAGCAUGACCUGACAAAACAGGGAAAUGAACCUGAAGAAAAACAGAAAAUAUCUGAAAACUUAACUGCUUUAGAAUCAUCAAAACCAACACCCUCCAUAAAAAAUGUAGUAGAACUGGAUUAUCACAAAGACAAAGGAAAUGAUGAUGUUGUUGCCAUAAAAAAAGAAGAACCAAAAAAAGAGGAAGCAAAGCAUCCUGUUGACCAGCACCAGCCAUCAAUACUUGCUAAGCCCAGCACAGAUCACAAGGAACUGCAUCCAGAACCUGGCACAGAAGAGAAUCCGUAUGAAGAUAUUAGAAAUGCACUUGGCGAGGUUGUAGUAGAACGGCAGACUGGCAGAUGGCCAGGACCCAUAGGACAUCGAGACACCAAUCAGGCAAAUACAGAUGAUGAAGAAGUUGAACGAGAACAACUGUUAAAUAAUGAUCUGCAGCAAGAUGACCAGGAGAUCAGGGAACUGGCAAGCAAGACAUCAAGACAGGGUAACAAAGGAGUGGACUAUAAUUUAGAUGUGAAUGAGGCAGAGUCUGAAACAGAUAAGCAAGCUGCCCUUGUUGACCAUCAACAUCAUUUAAAUGAAUCAUGAAUAUCCAAACAAGUAAAAUUUGAAGAUCAACAAAAGCUGUGAAGAAAAAAGUCAGCAUGUGACACUGCAGAGCAGAACUGUUUGAAACCAGCUUAACUCCAGUCCUCAAAGCUUGAAAAACUAGAAUCUCACUGCUAGGAUUUGUUUAAAUCAGCUGACUUCUGAUUUUUUAAUAUAGUAAUAUUCUGGUAUUACACACAUGAACUGUGCCAUUAUGACAUUUCAUGAGGAAGAAAGUUGUCUAUACUUCGUCUUCAGAAGCCUAAUUUAGUUCUGGCUGGAAGUUACCACACAAACAAGUUGCUGUAGAAGUUUGUAGGUGAAUUUUAGUGUUAGAAAUACUGCUUUUACCUCUUCCCACACACCCCCUUCCCCCAGUUAGGUAAAGUUGUUUGAAUAACAACUCUUUGUUUUGCUGGUUUUCUGAUUUAAAGUGGUGAACUUAGUUGUCUAAGUUUACACUCUGUGCGCUUAGAUAAAUUCAACUGGAAUCAGUGGGACUUAUUUCUAAAUAAAUACGGAUUGGACCGCAAGUGUAUUCUUUACCUCCUCUUUCAGACUAUGUUCUUUGCUUAAAACAAAAAGGCUUGAUAAGGUUUUGUUUAACCUCAUGCAGAAAGUCUUUCCAGACUUUUGGUAAAGUGGAUUUUCUGUUGACAGUCUUUGGUAUUUAAGUUGCUAACCAAGCAUUUAUGAUCCCACAAAUCAUGAGCUGGAUAAAUUUACAAAACCUUCCAUAAGCCGUCUGAUGUCUAUCAAGCAUCUUGUUUGAAUUUAAAACGAAGAGCUGCACUACUGUAAUUGUCUCAGACUGGAAAGGGCAUGCAUGGUAUUAACUGGUAUUAAUAUUGCUCCUAAGCACUUCACAGUUGAGGAACUUGUGCUUGAUUUCACCAGUUACAGAAAUACAUCUUAAAGCUAAGGACAACAAGGAUACCAUGUAUUGUCACAAUGGAAGAUUACUUUUGUAAUAUUUGUUAAAAGUUGACUGUAAUGAUUGUAUAUACUUAAAUAUUCAUUUCUGUAUAAAAGUAUUGGCUGGUUUUGAUUACUUUUAAUAAAACUGAGUCUUAUGUUUCUGUCAAUACAAAAAGGGUUCUUAGAAUAAGAGCAAUGAUCAUAGGUUUAUAAGCCUUUACUAGUCUUGUUAACAGCAUCCCAUCUCUAAUAAAAAGUUGCACUCAGCUAAACUCAGUUGCACUCAGCAUACGGUUUUGUAAAAUAUUUUGCAGUGGUUAUUAAGUGGGUACAUUUGUUCGUAUCACCAAAGAAACAAAAGUGGCAUGAAAUAUGGGUUAAAGUAGUUCUUUACAGUUUUUUAAAUUUACUUGCUUGGGGACAGAAUUAUGGCAGCUUUUAUUACCCACCACCCGCAAUCACUAUUUUAUGGCCCAGUCAUGGAUAACAUACUAGAUAUAGAGGAGU